CGCACUGUCACCGUCGAACAGUCUGGCUAUGCGUCUCACGACAAGCCAGCCCGAAACGGAGCUUAAAUGCGGAAAAACAUGUUUGAGAAGGGGAACAUCGGAAACUUCUGGCUGGCGCGGAACCCGCGGGCGGACGCAACAAGGACAGCAACAUUCGUCGCCUGAGAGAAAAAACCUUGUGGAGUCCCGAGCUCGGUGCGGAUCAGCGAUAGCUUCCGGAUUGUGUUGCUUGGGGCCUUGAUUGGUUGUUCAAGUUCUAGUUGGUAACCAAGUGCUUCUACACAGAUAAUCGAAAAUUGGAAAUUGCAUUCAGGUUCAGAACGAGAUGGGGUCUGAAGGGCCAAAGCCAGUCACAAUAAACGUAACUGGAUUCAAGAAAUUUCAAGGUGUCCCUGAAAAUCCCACAGAGACUAUUGUUAAUAAUCUGAAAAGUUUUGUAGAGAAAAAAGGGCUACCGCCUGGAGUGACUUUUGGGACAUGCACCGUACUAGAGGCUGCAGGUGAUGGUGCACUUCCCAUGCUUUUCAAAGUUAUGGAAUCUGGCAUCUCGAGUGAUGGUUCGACAUGCGACGCACAAGUUGUGUGGCUUCACUUGGGGGUAAAUAGUGGUGCUCAUAAGUUUGCCAUUGAGCGGCAGGCUGUUAAUGAAGCCACUUUUCGUUGUCCAGAUGAGCUAGGAUGGCGACCUCAGCAACUUCCGAUAGUUCCUGAAGAUGGCAAGAUUUCUCGAACAAGACAGAUAUAUACGAGACGUAAUGUUGUUUCUUGUCUGCGACCUCUAAACCCUGUAUUCGACAUUCUCGUCAUGCCAUUCUUGAAGACUUCCUUCUCCACAAAAGCAAUCCUUGAGUUCUUGAAGAAGAAGGGCUACGAUGUAACUCUUUCUGAUGACGCUGGUCGGUUCGUCUGCAACUAUGUGUACUACCACUCUCUUCGGCUUGCAGAACAACGGGGUAGCCGAUCUCUCUUUGUGCACGUUCCUCCCUUCUCAAGAAUCGAUGAAGAGACUCAGAUGAAUUUCGUAGCCUCCCUUUUGGAAGCUAUUGCAUCAUCAUGUUGACGUCCAGAUGAAAUGUAUCCGGUGUUCUUUUUGGUGUCGUUUUGUUCUUCUGUCUGUGAUCUGGUUGGGUAUAAGAUACAAUUGCACGAACGAUCUUCUUGCAAAUUGUAAAAGGAUUCACGUUGUAUUCCACCAGUACUAGGGACUCAUCUGAUUUUCAGCAACUCUUCUUGCCAUGGCCUACAACUUCAGAUCAUCAUCUAGUGUUAUUAAAGAUAGGAGAGUGUAAAUGGGGAAACAAGGAGAUGAAAUUGGGA